AUGCUCCUCUUCCUCGGCCUGUCCGUCUUCUUCUCCGCCAGCCUCUCCAUGGAGAUGAACCAGACCUCCAAGCUGCUGGCUGAGAGCGGAGAGCAGUGCUCGGCCUGCGACUUCCGGGAGCACAGCAAGCAGAUGAGGCUCCACAGCAUCAAGUCCCAGAUCCUCAGCAUCCUGCGGCUCGAGCAGGCUCCCAACAUCAGCCGGGACAUGAUCCGCCAGCUGCUGCCCAAAGCGCCGCCUCUGACGCAGCUCCUGGACCAGUACGACCCGCGGGUGGAGGACGAGGACCACGCCACGACGGAGACCAUCAUCACCAUGGCCACCAAGCCUAACGCGAUCACCCAGGACGAGUUGUCCUCCUGCUGCGUGUUCAGCCUCAGUCCGAAGAUCCAACCCAAAAACAUCCUGCGCGCUCAGCUGUGGGUUCACCUGCGGCCGGCCGACAUGGUCACCACCGUCUUCCUGCAGAUCUCCCGCCUCAAACUUGGCAAGGAGGGAAACAGCACCAGAGUCAGAGUCCGCUCGCUGAAGAUCGACACUGACGCCGGUGCCAGUUCCUGGCAGAGCAUUGACAUCAAGCCUCUGCUGCAGGCUUGGCUGCGCCAACCGGAGACCAACUACGGGAUCGAGAUCAACGCCUACGACUCCAAUGGAGAAGAUUUGGCCGUCACGUCAGCAGAGCCUGGAGAGGAAGGACUGCAACCGUUCAUCGAAGUGAAGAUCCUCGACAGCCCCAAGAGAUCCCGCCGCGACUCGGGCCUCAACUGCGACGAGGAGUCUGCGGAGACCCGCUGCUGCCGCUACCCGCUCACCGUCGACUUCGAGGAGUUCGGCUGGGACUGGAUCAUCGCGCCCAAACGCUACCGGGCCAACUACUGCUCGGGGGAGUGUGAGUUCAUGCACCUGCAGCAGUACCCACACGCACACCUGGUGAACAAGGCCAACCCGCGGGGCACGGCGGGGCCCUGCUGCACGCCCACCAAGAUGUCACCCAUCAACAUGCUCUACUUCAACCGCAAGGAGCAGAUUAUCUACGGGAAGAUCCCGUCCAUGGUGGUAGACCACUGCGGCUGCUCCUGA